AUGCCGCCCAAACAGCCCCAGACCUCGCUCUUUCAGGUUUUCCUGCGUCUGCGCCCCCCGAUGACCCAGAAAUCCGACGAAUCUGGCCGUUUCCUCGCAGUGGAGCCUCCUGAGGCCUCGUUGGAAGAGACUGAGAUUGUCUCGCCGGGAUCGACACAUAUUACACUUCAACCACCAAAUGACACCCGAAAGCGCGCCGUCGAGCGCUUCGGUUUCACCAAGGUCUUUGAGGAAGCGGCGUCACAAUUGGAUGUUUUCCACGACACCGGAAUGGAGCCUAUCAUCCGCGGAGUAUUGAAAAAGAAUCGAGAUGGUUUGGUUGCGACCCUCGGUGUGACAGGUAGCGGAAAGAGCCACACGAUUCUGGGAUCCAAGACGCAACGAGGAAUGACCCAAAUGGCGCUCGAUGUGAUAUUCCGUUCCCUGGAGCCGACAAUUAAGAACGAUGAUGGCAGCAUUACCCCCGUGAUGAUGUCCUCACUAGCCACCGCAGAUGCAUCCGAGGCGCAAUUGUUCUCUGCCCAGACAUUCCUGGAAGCCGUAUACGGCGAGCCAACUGGACGCUCUUCCCGAGCACAAACACCCAUGAGCCCCGGCCGUGCUGGUACUCCCCUGAUGGUACGAAAUUCCCCUUCCCUGAAUUCCCCUCUUGGAUCGCCCACCCGAGACCAUGCAACUGGAUCGUCUCUCCCGAGACCGAAAUCUCGACCUGGAACACCCCAGAAGAUGGCGCUUUCGUGCAUCGCCAGUCCCAAAGGAACUGAUCGAGCUGGUAUCGGCGGAAUUGUGACCGCGCAUACCACGGCAUUCUCCUAUCCCCUGCCCUAUACCAAUUUCAACGCAUUUGAACCGCAGCCCGCUAAAUCUCGACUUUACGUCUUUAAGGAACCCUCCCCAGCACUCAACUUCCCCCGCCGUCACAUACGCGAAAAGCCAGAUGCUCUUCCCAGGCUUCCUGAUAUGAGCCACCUGACGGUGGAGAUGGAUGCAAAGUCCGAUUACGUUGUCCUGGUGUCAAUGUACGAGGUAUACAACGACCGAAUCUUUGAUCUUCUUUCUCCAUCCAUCGUCCCUGGCCAAGGAAGUACUUUGUCCCGCGGAAACAACCAAAAGGAUCGACGACGCCCCUUGCUUUUCAAGCCAACGGAAGGCUCACCCGACAGGAAAUUGGUCGCAGGUCUCCGCAAGAUUGCUUGCGCUAAUUAUGAAGAAGCCCUUGCCAUUCUGGAUGUCGGUCUGACCGAACGCAAGGUCACUGGUACUGGUAUGAACAGUGUGAGCUCCCGAAGCCAUGGUUUCUUCUCCAUCGAAGUGAAGAAACGUACAUACUCCAAACGCACUGGCGAAUACAAUUGGGUUGGAAACGCUCUCACCGUCGUUGAUCUUGCGGGUAAGUCUAUUGCGUCUUUUCACCGGAUCCUCGCUGACAGAUUAGGCUCCGAGCGCGCGAGAACGGCAAAAACAGCCGGUGCCACCCUUGCUGAAGCAGGCAAGAUUAAUGAAAGUUUGAUGUAUCUUGGUCAGUGCUUGCAGAUGCAAAGUAACAUUCAAGAAGGAAUGAAGACCGCGCUUGUUCCAUAUCGCCAGUGCAAAUUGACGGAGCUCUUGUUCUCAAAUUCUUUCCCAUCAUCUACCCAGAUGUCCCGAGGGCAAUACCCGCAGAAGGCCAUCAUGGUCGUUACCGCUGACCCACUGGGUGAUUUCAACGCCACUUCCCAAAUCUUGCGCUAUUCUGCUCUUGCUCGCGAGGUUACUGUUCCUCGAGCCCCUUCCGUGUGUGAAUCUAUCUCUUCAGUUGCGUCUAGCAGUCACCGCUCCGUUAGUGGAAGAUCUUCACACCAUUUCGACUCCACAGAGGAGCUUGAGAGAGCUGCUGCCGAAAUCAAUCGUCUUACUCGUGAUUGUCACUCUCUGGCCGUCAAGCUCGCAGAGGAAGAAAUUGCCCGCUGUGAAGUCGAAACGAAACUACAAGCCGCCGAAGACAGAUGUCUCAUGAUCGAACAAGAUGUUCGCGAGGAAUGCUGGGCAGAGAUGGAUGAGAAAAUGGAGGAAGAAAGGAAGCGGUGGCAAACUGCCUGGGAUGAGCAGAUUGGCCGCAACGAUGAGCACAUUGACAAGAAAGUCGAGCUCGUUUCCCGUGGAUUCCAGAUCUUCGAGGAUUCUGACUCAACUGAACGCGUGGACGAGCUUGAACAGGAGAAUGACCAACUGCGCCGCAAGCUCGCUGCCCUGGAGCGCGAGAUGCUGAGCAAGUCGCCCACCAGGAAACCCAGGGCCAAAAACGCCGCCACCACGCGGUCUAACCUUCAGAACCGCGAAAGCGACAUCGAGAAUGCGUUGCAACGCAUGGAUCAGUUGAAGCUCGCUGAUACCAUGUUCGCCCCGCCAUCCCCGAGUACAUCCCCGAUGAAAAAGACACGGAAGAUGGGAACCCGCAAAUGGGACCUUGCCCCCGAGGAUGAUAUCUAA